AGUAAUAAAUGGUGUGAUCAGUCGCGCAUCGCAGCUGAGAGUCCAGUUGAGUUGAUUCCAGCUACGUUGCAAGAUGUCCCCCACUUGGCUAAUACUGUGCAUCGCCGUCCUAGGACUGUGCCAGGCAAAUGUUAUAUUUCACUUUGCGCUGGAUUUCCAUGUGAAACAGCCGGAAAAUUCAACGGAGCCCAUAGACAAAACCAUCCUGGUGGAUCAUAAUCAGGUCUUCAUACAGGACAGUAAAGUAAAUUCGUCAUGGCUGGAGCAAGAUCGGUAUACUGAGGAAGCGUUGCACUUAUUGAUGGACACCAAGCGCGUGGUGCAACAACUGAAUGUGGAGCUCUCGCCCCUAGUGGGCCGAAGCAACGAUCUCGCAGCUCGCCUCAAGCAAACCAUGCGCUAUGCAAACGAUGUGGAUGCGUGCCUAGAGAAUGGCCAUUUGGGCCAGCAGGUGGAGCAGCUGCGCAAGUAUGUCGCCCUGGUCGACGCCCUCAAAUUGCCGAGCAGCACGGCCGGAUCGCGCACCCUGGAAUUCGUGGUGCUCAAGCUGGCGCUGGAGAAGUACCAACUGCCAGCUAAGCAGCUGCAGGUCGCCGACUAUCUGCAGCGGGCGGAUGCUGCGUGGACGACAUAUAAAAAUACCCAGGUCGUUCUAGCAGAGAGCUAAAUCUAGAAUUCCUAUAUAUACAUAUCUAGCUUAAAUUAACUAUAUUCGUAGAUCUAUGAUUUUCUCGUUUCUGUAUUUCUGGAAUUGAAGAGAUGUCAAUCUAAAAUGUACAUAUGUAUAUAUACAUAUGUAUGUAUGUAUAUAAUUGAUGUUAAAAUUUUACUAGUUUACUUAAGUUAUUGAUAAGAAUACAAAUGAUCUAAUACAAUUAAUAUAU